CGCAACUGCAAUGCAAUCUGCAUCUGCAAUGCUCAAUUUGCUCAUCUUAGCCUGAGAAAUAAAACCUUUACUGUCUUGUGCUUUUUCUUUAAGAUUUAUACAAUAAUUCAUGUCGCCAAAUAAAUGAAGACUCCGCGACAGUCGUCAGGAUCCAUCAUGAGGAAAUAUUACCAGCUUAUACUCAUCAUAGUGUGCUUCGUCAGUAUCGUGACGCUUCUUAUCUACCGGCACGAAUAUUACCGACUGCGAUAUGUCCUCGAAGUGCUCAACUUUUUCGGGAAGCCCGGUUUGUCCGAGAUCGAGUUUUGCGGACCUGGCUUCAAUGCUACGAUGCUGACAGAGAUAAUGCGGAACUCGUCGAUGGAGGUGAGGGAAACUCCACCGCUGUUCCAACAGAUUGACGACAAUUUCUACGCGUACUCGUCAUUUUUGCGCUCUUAUCAGAAGUACGAGAAGCUCACGCCUCACGCUCACAACAUAGACACUAUCGUCAUCGGGCGAGCGAACGCGCGCCCCAAUUUCCGCUGUAACGUCUGGCUAGAGAACAGCUCCAAACAUAAAGUAGGCACAUUCAGUUUCAAAACAAUCUCGCAGCCUAUCAAUGGCUUCAGAUUAUUCGUAUUUCAGUGCUUGUUAAGCCAAAACUUAGGUAAGUUAAAAGGUAUAAGCUUCUAUGCCAAUGACUAUAAAGUGAGUCCAAUUCAUGCCCCGAUAAAUAGACUGAUUGAUGUAACUACAAAACGGAAAUCAAGACCCAUGAGGUAUACAAACAACAUUAAAUUUGUAAACAAUGUUGUGCCGGCUAUGUGCAUCAUCCCAAAUCAAGUGCCAAUAGUCUCCAGAGACUCCCUCAUAGAGUCCUUAGUCUUUCACCACAUGAUGGGUGUCAACUCAUUCACCAUUUAUGACAGUCUGAUCUCUGAAGACAUUGUAAAAAGACUGAAUUUGGUACCAAGUGAUAUUACACAGUGGGACAUACAAUUUUUCCCCUUAAAUUUCCCUUUCAACUUUGCCAAAAGUUAUGACAUAGUCAAACAGGCUAUAGAGUUGGAUUGUCUCUUUCGGCACUUUAAGUUAGACAAGGAAGACACAAACAAAGCAAGUCACGCUAUAGUGAUCUCCUGGGAUGAGUUUCUUGUUCCCCGCAUCCAUAACAGUUUAAAAGCUGUCAUCUCAGAUUUUGACCCUACAUACAAACAGAAAUCAAUAACAGUAGAACCUUUAUUGUUUUGCUUAAAUCAGAAUGAUGACGACAACUCAGAAGUUGGUUAUCCAGACAUUAUGAAAAAGACACAUUACUACCAGCUACCGCAGGAGAAGAAGCGGCCAGUAUAUAUUAGAAAUUUGGACUUUAUGACCACUUUUGAGGACAUUUUCAAUGCUACCACUACCAGCGGGCACGCUAUACCCGCCAAUUUGCUUGCUGUACACAAAUAUACGGAAUGCAGAGACCCGAACAGCUACCAUCCGAGAGGGGUGGGAUUCAAUGAGACGCAGAUGGAAGUGUUCCGGAACAAGUAUGAAGCUGCCAUGAUGAAGUUUGGACCAAGUUUGGUGAACAAUAAGAUUUACAGGCUCUACAGAUCAGGGCAAAUUUGGGAGAAAACAUCUAAUGAGAAUGUUAGGGAUAUGCUGUAAAAAAAAUCUUUAACAAAUUUGUUUUGUAUUGGCAAAUAUCUAAGCUUAUGUAAGAUAGGAUGCCUGUACCAUAGCCUACACUGUUAACUGUCCAUUGGUGAACCUUAUGCCUUUUGUAAUAAGGUCCAACAAUAUACAGUUAGGAGCGUUGCUGUUUGUAUGGGUUUAAAGAUUAAGAUAAGUAAAAUAGGCAUUUCUUGAAUGGCAAUAUACAUAGUUGACGGAGUAUAUAGUUGACGGAAUAUAUAGUUGACGGAGAGAGUGAUGAUAAUGUUGUUGAUUAUUAAGGAGUGAUGUUCAACUCAGUUGACACAAUUUAUGAGUACCUACUGUUGAAUUAGCAAUGACAUAAGCAACUCAAUUACAAAUGAAUUUUUUGCUAUUUAGUGGCUCAAAGUUUUGUAAAAAAUUAGGAGAAUUGAUGCAUACGUAGAAUUAUUGUAUAUGUAUUAAGAAGUCAAUAGGUACCAGCACAUUUAUAAAGAAUAUCUGCAAUUGUACAGGUUUGUCAAGAAAUAAUUAUCAAGGUCAAACGGUCAAGGUGCUUAAAUAUGUAAAUACAUCUUUCAACUUUAUUGUCCAAACAUUAAUGUUGUUAGUACACAUUUUUAGCCACUUGUAUCAAUUUAUUAUACCUUGGUUGGUUGUAUAAUCAAGUCAAGGUCUUAAUACUUACAUGGACAAAGCGCUAAAAAUAUUUGUACAUGACCACAUCUAAACCUUCCUCAAGAAUCACUCAAUUGAAAGGUGAAAACCGCAUGAAAAUCAGUAGUUUUUGAGUUUAUCGCGACCAUACAAACACACAAACAGACAGACGCGCUGGGGGACUUUAUUUUAUAAGGUGUAGUGAUUUUAUAAUUGCUGUACAUUCAGAAUUGUGCUGGGACCUAAAAAACAAUUGCGACCAUUAAUUAGUUCAUUACAUUAUACAUCGUAAACGCAUGUCAGAGGAAGACAGACCACUAACCGCAAUAGGUAUGCCUUAAAUCACAAGUGCCAUGAGAUAGUUAGUACCUUCUCAGUAUUUCCCUGUAGUGACGUCAAAGCAAUUUGAACCUUUUGUAGUUAGCAACAGAGUUGCAUUUUGUACUGAUAGCUGUUGUUAUUUGAUUGGACCUUUAUUUGAGCUUAUAGGUGGCCUACUAGUUAUUCAUAACUGUAAUCAUUGAUUACCAAAACUACUAUUACAUAUUUUCGCAGUCGACAUCUAGCAUCGAGUAGCGGAAUUAUCAGUACCGCUACUUGAUACUAGAUGUCUCAAGUGUCGCGACUCACGAAAAUUGAACAACAAUUUUAUUUACAACUAAGUAAUAUUAGAAGAAGUUGAAAAUAGAGUUCCCGUUAAUCCGGUUAUAAUAUUAGCUGGAAAUUGUUGAGCAUUAGACUUUUCGGUCGUCGCAACAUCUUGUCAAAUUCCGCUACUCGAUGCUAGGUGUCGACUGCGAAAAUAAUAGUACUGAUGUAUGGAGUGAGCACACCAUGUAUUUUUAGUGUUCCGCACAAAACUUAGUUCACGGAACACUUAAGGGAUCACUUCGGUCUUGUUUUCUUUAUGUGAACAGUUAAUAUAUGGAGACAGUCAAUACGUCUGUCGUGGCCCGAUCAUAGAUCAUUUCAUAAUAUGCCAUUUUAUAGUUGGUCACUUCAUGUUAUGGUUAGGUUUAACUUUUUUAUGAAAUGAAUAAUUCUAAGAUCUGGCCUCGACAUGUCCAUUAUGUCCAAAUAAAACUGACCACAUCCACAUUAUACUUGUAGAGUAUAACUACUCUUUAAAGAGGUGUUAAGAUAUAUUUGAACACUUUGAUUGUAGCAGUGUGCGUUACCUUACCUUUAUAGAAAAUAAUGCUUGAAAUGAUAUACCUACCUAACCAUAAAUUUAGACAGGAUGGUUAAAUAGUGAUCUAUAGUCUAGGUUAUCUAUUUUUUUUCACUACAUACUACAUAUUCCAAGCUUAUAGUUUUGCGAUAACGCGUGAUUGAGACGCUUGUAAUAGUCUUAAGAGCUAGCCCCGAAAAAAUUUAUGCAAUUCUGAGUAAGUAACGAAAUUAUACUUUUGUCGGUACUAGCUCUUAGUCUAUAAGUAUGAUAUAUUGAUAAGACUGUAUGUUAGUAUUUGUAAGAUUUUUACUGUAAUUAUAAUUGUGAUACUAACAACACACUAUGAUAGAUUGAACAGGAAAUACGAUUGCCUCUCUAAAUGUAAGCUACAGCACAGAAUAAAUAAUAGUACUAGUUAUAAGUACAGAAGACUCACUCUCUAACAAAACGCGUCUGUUACGAUCAGCACAGAUAUGGCCGCUAUAGAUGACGACAGCGCCACGCGCGGCUUAUGGCAAACCCCAAAAUUGGGGCCGAACGGAUGUACUUUUAGCUACCUGUAGCAAAGCGACGCAAUCGCGGAGUGAGCCACGCCUGGCUACAGCAAGCUGCAAGUGCUUGGACAAUUAAAUUUAUGAAUAUUGGUAUUCAUAGUGUAGGUACAUGCGUUUUUGCAAUCUACUUUCUGCUAUAAUAUAUUCCGUAAACUUGGCUUUACAAAACGAGCAAUUCUUGUUCAUUUGUACUCGGAAGCUUAGAGCCGUUCUGACGAUUUCGAUGAUGUUUGCUAUAUGGGGGUUUUCGAGGGCGAUAAAUCGAUCUAUCUAGGUCUUAUCUCUGGGAAAACGAACAUUUUUUAGUUUUUAUAUGUUUUCCGAGCAAAGCUCGGUCUCCCAGAUAUUGUGUAAUUAAACAUUUGAUUUUGAAUAUAACGCACAGAUUUUUGUGACGUAAAGUUCUUAUGUAUAUGAACUAAUCGUAAAUUAAUGUGUGUAAUUUCUACAUGAAGUUAUUGCCUAUAAAUGUAGAAACUACUCGUAUACUAAAUUGCCCUAAGCUAAUCCGCUAACCCGCUUAGGGGGUUUGCUUGCUAUAUUAAAUUUUUAUAGUUGCACACCUAGAAAUUGGUAUGAGCCAAUAUCAGCCAUAGUAUGUUUCAAAAAAUAUAUGUAUAUCUUCUCGGUAUGUUAUUAAAAGAACGUAAAUAAAUAAAACCACUCGGUCAAAAUGUUACCUACUAAUAUUUGAGAGAACAUUUUAAGGUUUUGUUUAGGUAUUUCUUUUAAAAACUUACCUAAAUGAAGAGUCGAGAUUAAGUCUAAUUAUGUUUUUAUAAGAAUUAAAUAUAUAACUUUUUUGUUUAA